AUGCAGUCCCCCCCUCGAGCCCAAAAUAGAAUUAUGCACGUCAGGAACUUAGGUAUUGAUUCACCAAUCAACAUAUCCAAUCCUCUCCCCGAAUUUCGCCUCCUCAACACUCUUCUCCUCUUAAAAUCUAUCCCACCCACACCGACACAACAAGCCACAACCAGGUUUACACCUGGGGAUUGGAAGUACCAAUCUAAUCAAGCAGUUCUUACACGGGAUGUUCGAGGAGGCGAACCAUACGAGAACCUGGUGGGUGCUCCAUGUGAUGCGGAGAUCGGCUUUGCAUAUCACAUCUACGACGUUGAAAGGCAAGAGUGUUGUUCUUUGGGACACGAUGAGGCGCAGACGUGGUAUCGAACCAUACAGAGGAGAGCAGUCGGGUAUCAAACUAUCUGA